AUGGCCAGCGAAGAUGGCACAGUGACUAUCCGUGGGCAGGUGUUCAAAGUCGGAACACGGUACCAAAAGCUCGAGUUUAUUGGGGAGGGCGCCUAUGGAAUGGUCUGCUCUGCAAACGAUACAUUAUACAACAGACAGGUGGCAAUUAAGAAAAUCAGUCCCUUCGAACACACUACGUACUGUCAGAGGACUGUUCGAGAAAUCAAAAUACUCAACGCCUUCGACCAUGAGAAUGUCAUAGGCAUCUUGGACAUGAUUCAACCAACUAGCUACGAUGACUUCAAAGAAAUAUACAUAGUGCAAGAGCUCAUGGAGACGGACUUGUACAAGCUCCUUAAAAGUCAGACGCUCAGCACAGAACACAUAUGCUAUUUUGUAUAUCAAAUUCUGAGGGGGCUUAAAUACGUGCACUCGGCCAACGUAUUGCAUCGCGAUCUCAAGCCGAGCAAUGUGCUACUCAACGCCAACUGCGACUUAAAAAUCUGCGACUUCGGACUAUCACGGGUGGGUAACUCGAACACGGGCGACAUCUACACGGAAUACGUGGCCACGCGAUGGUACCGUGCACCGGAAAUCAUGCUGAACAGUCGGUGCUACGACCAGAGCAUCGAUGUAUGGUCAGUGGGGUGCAUAUUGGCGGAGAUGUUGGGGGGAAGGCCCCUGUUCCCGGGCAAGCACUAUAUCGAUCAGUUGAGUCUGAUCAUGAAUGUGAUCGGAACGCCGACCGAGGAAGAUCUGUUGGCGAUAGGAAAUGAGAAGGCCAGGAAUUACAUCGCGGCACUGCCGAAGAGCGAGAAGAUUCCAUGGCAACAGAUGUAUCCCAAGGCAGAUGCCGUGGGUUUGGAUUUGCUCGAGGGUUUGCUAACAUUCGAUCCACAUCGACGUCUCACUGUCAACGCAGCCUUGGCCCAUCCGUUUUUCGAGCAGUAUUCAGACCCUGAUGACGAGCCUGUGAGUGAGAAGCCCUUUGUGCAUGGCUUCAAUGAGGAGUCUAUGAUGAAGGAACAAUUACGAAUGGUACUCUGGCAAGAGGGCUUAAUUUUCAAAAGAAAGCGCAAGGUCGCGGAGCCGGAUCAAAAUGCUAUGGAAACCUAA